AUGUCGACGUCCGGAUCUUCCGAAGAGAACACUCUGAGAUUCUUGAGAGAUGUUCGAAACUCGUUCGAUGAGGAUUCUGGAGAUCUGGCCACCGCAGAAGACACGCUCGAUCAGCUGGUUUCGAUCCGAAGCUUCGCGUUCAAGUUCAUCAAAGAUGCGGCGACCCAGCCGCCCGAUGGCCACCACUCCACGCAGGAAGGGCUGAACCUUCUGUGGCAUAUGUUCUGCAUCACUGCUCAGGCCCUGGACAGCGACGAUCCAUUUCAAGACAAGCUCGUCUCCUUGCUGCAGUGGACAAUCGAAUACGACGCUCUUUACAAGAGCGUCCAUCAUAUCGAGAACACGACUCCUUGGGAAAAGUACGGCUUUGCUGAAAGCCUGCAGAACGCCUGGGAGUCUCUUGUGCGGGAUGAAAACGUGUCCCAGAUGCGCAAUUUGGCGAGGUUCUCCGCCAAGGUCUUAGCCUUGGGCAUCUGUCGCGGGGUUGACUCCACGGCUCUCUGGUUCCUACGCGAAGCUCUCGAAACUCAACGCGACCCAAGCACACUGGCUAUGCUUCCUGCUGUAGCCGUGUGGUUGGAUGAAUCCAACUACUGUCUCAUGGCUUUGUCUCUGGGCCGCCAUCCACACCACCCUGAAACAAGCAAAGCUCACCUGCAGGGACCAGGCCCUCUGGCAGUUGCAGCAGGCGUCUUAGAGCCCGGCUUCAGUGUUCAAAGAUGGUUGUUCUGGCGGACUCAGCUCCAGGAGCUCAGCAAGCAUGCUGACUUGGUGGUUGCCAAGGCGGCGAAGAAGGGAUUCAUGGACAUGAUCUCAUGCGGGCGAAUCAUGGAGAUGGAUGUGCCCGGCGAAGCCAGAUUUGCGGGAAAGCUUCAGAAGGCUAUGUGGGAAGAGCUUGUUCGCAGUGGGAAGAAGAGUGUGGAUGGUGACGACAUUGAUAUCGACGUGAACUGGGUCAAUUAG